AUGAAUUUGCCCCUCAAUCCCAAAUCUUUCCUGAAUGGAUUAACAGGAAAGCCAGUGAUGGUGAAACUCAAGUGGGGAAUGGAGUACAAAAGCUAUCUGGUAUCUGCAGAUGGCUAUAUGAACAUGCAGCUUGCAAACACAGAAGAAUAUACAGAUGGAGCAUUGUCUGGUCAUUUGGGUGAAGUUUUAAUAAGGUGUAAUGUUCUUUAA